AGACAGAGUGAGAGAAACAAAUCACAGAUCCAUAGAAAAGCAUUAAUGCUCAUCAGUCAUCACAGAGAAAAAUGUCAAUGGAAGCAGGCAGCAUGGAAACCAUUGAGGUUCCUCAAGACAAGAUUGUCAAAAAGGAAGAAGAUAGAGAAGCUGAGGAGAUGGAGCACUUCUUCAGGCGGUGGCAGCUUCAAACGGCCACCCAAAACUAAAACCCUCAGUCUGAACUCACCCACUGACCCUGACACAGAGCCCCUCGGAGUAGAGACGGAGCGCAGGAAACUCAGACCCAUUGUGGCAUCUGUCUUUGGUCAGGACAGAGAUCUACGGCCAGAGGAAAUUGAAGAGUUGAAAGAAGCCUUCCGAGAAUUUGACAAAGACAAGGACGGCUUCAUUAGCUGUAAGGAUCUGGGCGAGUGCAUGAGAACGAUGGGCUACAUGCCCACAGAAAUGGAGCUGAUUGAACUCAGUCAGCAGAUCUGUGGCGGUAGAGUGGACUUUGAGGACUUCGUAGACCUGAUGGGCCCAAAGAUGCUGGCUGAGACAGCAGACAUGAUCGGAGUGAAAGAACUGAGAGAUGCUUUUAGAGAGUUUGACUCCGACGGUGAUGGUAAGAUCAGUCUGGCUGAACUGAGGGAAGCCAUGAAGAAGCUGAUGGGAGAGCAGCUCAGCCACAGAGAGAUUGAUGAGAUCCUCAGGGAUGUCGACCUCAAUGGAGAUGGCCAGGUUGACUUUGAAGAGUUUGUCCGAAUGAUGUCUCGCUAAUUUAGAGGACUCAUGAAAAAGGAAGAGAACAAUCAGUUUGCCAACUCCUAACGUGAAGAGUUAAAUACUAUGCGUCUGCUUUAAUUAACUACCAUAUGAAAUUAUUUAAACCAUACUCUUUCUUCAUACAGGGAUAUUUUACAUAUUUGCUUGUUUUUAUGACAAAGAGGAAAAGUGUGUUUCUUAUUUAAUUUAUUUUAGCAUUUUGGUAAAAAAAUUAAGGAGUUAAUUAAGGAAUUUUCCAUGUUUCCACAUAUGUUCAGAAUUAUAAGGGUACAAAGCAUAGCUGUAGCACACAUUAUUUAUAAAAGCAUGCUAUAAAGCCCAGAAUGGAAAUGUAAUUAAUAACUACUGAAAUUGUAUAUGUGUAGUACAUGGUCAUUGUGGACUGACAAUGCAAUGCUAGAUAUAAAUCAGUAUUAUGUGUGUUUUGGAAGGUAAACCACUGGUUAAUGGGUCUAAAGUUCCUGUAUGAUGCUUUUUGGGCUGUUAAUGCUUUCCCUGUGGGAACAAGAUAUUAACAUGCAAAACUGGAUAUUAUACAACUCCUGUCCCAAGUCUGGAGAUCCCUUGUAAAGAUCCUGACACCCAUGUGAUCUCCCCUUGUUCCUUAAUCAUUAUGUUUAAACAAAAGUUUUUAUCUAAAUAUCUAUUCUUGCCAACAGUGAACUAU